CGGCUCUCUGCUGCAUUGUGGGAGCGGGAAAACGUUACAAAUACUCACGUUGCUGGUUCCGUUUGAGUUGGAAAGUAUAAAGGAUUUUUAUUUGUUGGUUAACGAGUAAAGAUCAUCAUGUCUAUCGGCGUCCCCAUUAAAGUUCUGCAUGAAGCUGAGGGUCACAUCGUCACGUGCGAGACCAACACCGGCGAGGUUUACAGAGGCAAACUCAUCGAAGCAGAGGACAACAUGAACUGUCAGAUGUCCAACAUCACAGUGACGUAUCGUGAUGGCCGGGUGGUGCAGCUGGAGCAGGUCUACAUCCGUGGCAGUAAGAUCCGCUUCCUUAUCCUGCCGGACAUGCUGAAGAACGCUCCCAUGCUGAAGAGCGUGAAGAACAAGAACCAGGGAGCAGGAGCUGGCCGGGGGAAAGCCGCCAUUCUUAAAGCUCAAGUGGCUGCGAGAGGUCGAGGCCGGGGUGGGCCAGGAGGACGAGGAAACAUCUUCCAGAAAAGGCGAUAGUUUGAUUUCCCGGAACUCUCUGUACAGGUUUCCCCCCCUUGUGAUCUUUUUAUGUUUGUGACACUUAAGGUGUGUAUUCCCGGUUUUUUUUUUUUUUUUUUUGCGCCCUGUUAAUUGCCCCCUCUGUAUGUGGGUUUGUUUUUUUUGUUUUUUUUUUUGUAGUAAUUGAACUGAUUAAUCUGGUUCUUACUGGUUUUGGAAAAAUAUAAACACAUGGUGUAACUAUACACUGUAAUGGUGUUUCACAUGGUGAGGAAUUCUGAACUUGCAUUAGUGAGAUUUUUGUACGUGUUGAAUUGGAAUACAGCAUCCUCUUAAUAAAGGUUUUACACUUUAA